AUGACGAUUGGUUCUUCUAAGGAUGACAUCCAUGAUGUCAGUCUCUCCAACAUUGACGAAUCGAAGGAAAUAAUGGACAACACGUUUGCCAACAAGCUGAAGAAGCAUGUGGCUUUCAAGGACGAGGGUCAGACCAUCUGCCCGACCUGCGGCUCCACACGAGCUCCUCCCACGGAUCAGAGCUCCCCAACACCCUUUGCCAGAAGGGAAACCAGCAGAAAGGUGCCGCUCACAACAGUCAUUCUAGAACAGCAGAAGAAGCAGCAGCUGAGAGCAAGGAUCAAGCUGAUGAGCUUUCUUAGCAAGAACGGCUUUGCAGCCAGAGAUGUGAACUGCAAGAAGCGCGGCGCCUUCGGCUUUUCACGUACUUACCCGCUGCAUGAGGCUGUGAAGCAGGAUCAGGCUUCCAUGGUGCGUUGGCUGUUGCACUUUGGAGCUGAUCCUGGCAAGAAGGAUGGCAGAGGGCGCACAGCCUACGACUACGUCAAGAAAAAGCCUGCGCAUGACGAGGCGCGGGGGUGCAGAGGCUUGCUGGGGGUUAGUAGGGAAUAA